CAGGUAUUUGUGAGAUUCUCUCACCCUCUCCUUCGGGCCACUGACCGAGGAGGGCACUUGAAACUGAAUCUAAACGACUAUCGUCACUUUGGGCCUCGCUGGGAGGAACGUUUCUGCAACAAGAUGCCAGGUCUUAUCAACCCGGAGAACGGCCAGAAUCUCCUGCUCAGUUCAUCUGAAGUCUCGUCUUGUAUGACUGGCUACACCCUCGGGAUGUGUGCCUCAUUAACCUACACCAACAUGGAGGAUCACCCAGUCGAAGGACUUUUCAUCUAUCCCGUGGAUGAGUUCACUACAGUGGUCGGAUUCGAGGCAACGGUUUCUGGACGCAUUGUAACAUUGCAAAUAAAAGACAAAGUUAAAUUAGAUGACUGUUAUUUUGACUGCAGUAAUAUUUCAUCUGGAACCUUCCAGAAUGGUCACUUCGUACUGGAUGAGGACUUGGAGAGGACAGUGUUUGCAGUGAAUCUGGGGACAAUCACUCCACUGGAAACAGUGACCAUUUUGAUAAGCACCUCGCUGGAGCUACAGACUUUGCCCAACGGCACCAUCCGGCUGGUGCUUCCGUCUGUCUACGUCCCCACGCUGGUUACGCUUGGCAGCGAUUCACAGACCACCGCAGAAAGCCACCUCAAAAGGAGAGAUAGGCAGCGCUGCUGCUCAAACCAUCAACAGCACCAGGAGACUGGCAGCCCGCUGUGUUUAGCAAAGCUCGUGGAUGAUGAGGUCACCAACGCCAUCGUGUAUGACUUCAGUUUUCACCUUGAGAUACGAGCACCGUGCUUGCUGGCAGGUGUGGAAAGCCCGACGCACUCGAUCCGCGCUGACGCUGACCCCACCGCAAUAUGUGCCAGCAGCGUGACGAUCACCUUGGCAGAAAAACACACCUUCGACAGACCUGUGGAGAUCAUCAUUCAUCCCAGCGAACCACAUGUGCCUCAUGUCUUGAUGGAGAGCGGAGAUAUGGCAGCUGAUGAAUAUGAGCAACUUUUAAAAGGAAAAAGUGAUUUUGUCAAAGGAACCCUAAAGAAUCCGAGCUCAGAAAAGAAGAAGGAGAUAAUUAGAAAACGCCUGAACAAGGACAUUGGGCACCACCCUGUCGUCAUGCUGAAUUUCUGCCCAGACUUAAAGAGCUCCCACCCUGACCUAAGGAUGGCCCAGGGAGAAUUCAUUUUCCUCAUUGACCGCAGUGGAAGUAUGAGUGGGAUAAACAUCAGUCGAGUUAAGGAAGCAAUGCUGGUUGUUCUGAAGAGCCUGGUACCAUCGUGUCUGUUUAAUAUCAUCGGAUUUGGCUCCACGUUCCGGACCUUGUUCCCAGCAAGCAGGUCUUACAAUGACGAGUCGCUGGCUGCAGCUUGUGACUACAUCAGGAAGGUCAGGGCUGACAUGGGAUCCACAAACCUGCUGGCUCCACUGAACUGGAUCUUCCGGCAGCCCGUCCACAGGGGUCACCCCCGCCUCCUGUUCCUGCUGACGGACGGCUCCGUCAGUAACGUGGGGAAAGUGAUCGCUCUCAUCCGCAGCCACGCACAGACCUGCAGGUGCUAUAGUUUUGGUAUUGGACAGAACGCCUCCAGAAGACUCGUCCUGGGACUUGCCUCUGCUUUGAAAGGUGCGGCUGAGUUUCUGGACGAAGGGGAAAGAUUGCAGACAAAGAUGGUAAAAUCCCUGAAGAAAGCAAUGGCCCCCUUCCUCAGUGACGUCACUGUUGAUUGGUUCUUUCCUGUGACAACCGAAGUUCUCCCGUCUCCAAUAGGGACGAGUUUUCUGUUCCCUGGAGACAGAUUAAUCGAAUAUUGCGUUGUGUGUGACACUUCAAGAUAUCAGUCCAACUCCAAGUCAAGCGAUGAGUGGAAGUACAGCCAGACCUGGUCUCAGCAGUCCAGCAGCUCGGUCUUUUACCACUCGCAAGAGGAGGACGAUGAGAACUGGAGAGGGUGCCGAGAUUCUGCCCGGGAAACCACCUCCGUGAUUGAUGACCCUGAGAAGGAAGGUGUCCACACAGAAACCGCUCACAGAAGACGAGCUUUCAGUAGCAAUUGCAUUGGCAGACAGCGUGCCUCCAAGAGAGCUUUCACGCCCAGUGACCCGGGGUCAGUGUUCAAUAAAAACCCUCUUCGAAGGGCACGUGCCCAGCAGCUUGUGGGAGGGAGCAGCCCGGAACGACUCUCUCCAUCUCCAGGGGACUUCCAGAGAGAUGGAGCAGGCUCGUACAUGAACUUCAAGGGGUCGAGCCUCGGUGGGAAGAUGAGACCAUCCUUGCUGCAUCAGAGCUGUGUCUCAAACAGUCAGGAUUUGGAGUCCUCCCAGAUACAUUGUAGCAGUCAGCAGGGACCCUCAGCGAGGGGCAUGUCGCCCUGCGAGGGGAGCCUCACCUCCAGGUCAUCUACAGAAAGUGCGUCCUUUGGCAGCAGCACCGAACCUGGAUAUUUUCACGAUCGAUCCUCAACUCUCGAAGACGAGCCAUCAUUUGAGCUCCAGGGGCAGUCACAGAUUUGUAAUGCAGACUGCCUUCAGAGCAAGUUCGAUUGCAAGGCAGUCAUUUCUGGGUUGCUCUGCGGCAAAGUCACUGAGUGGGAAGUCACGUUCGAUCUUCAGUCACUUCUCAAUCACCGGGCAAACUGUAAGACGUCCCAGGAAGACUUGUGGAAUGAAACAAUCCACCAGCUAGCGGCCAAGUCGCUUAUCCGGGACUUUGAGCAAUUGGCCGAAAAAGAGACUGAGAUAGAACAGGGCUCUGGACGAAGAUACCAGCUGAACGCAAUUCAAACCAGCAAGGCGUGCAACGUCAUCAGCAAGUACACAGCUUUUGUCCCUAUCUAUCUCGACAACAAAGAAUAUCUACCGAACGUUAUCGAGUAUUCAAGUCCAGCUGUUGGGUCAAAGCCAGGAAGUCACAGGAGGUCACACUCAGGAAGUCGGAGGCACAGAACAUACUCUGGGAGCCUUGGACACUCCCAGUCUGAAUACACAUCCGAUGGAACAGAAGAUGCUUUGUCCGUUCUGACAUCAGAGAAUACCAGACAAUCGCCCUGCACAUCUCCUUCCUCUUUGGGGUGGGAGAGAAACACUGAAGCUUUGCUGAAAAGUCCUUCAAUUUCAUCACAACGAUCCACCGAGAGCCUCUUUUCUGCAAGAUUGAGCUUCAACAAGACUCGAAUGUUGUCCCUGGCUGCAAAAGGCUUCAUGUCCCGGUCACCCAGCAAGAUGAGUGAGUCGAUUUGUGAGCCGGAGACCGAGAACAACGACUACGCACCUCUGGUGAACUUGCAGUUGGCAUCCGGAGCCUUCCUGCUUAGCCCAGCGUUCUGCGAAGCCAUCAACAUCUCCAUGGAUCAGCUAAAGUGGACCUCCCCCUUCAUGUGCCACCGCUCCAGCGUCAGUCCCACUUCACACGCACACGCCCGCAGGUUCGCCAGCAAGAGGGCAGCCCAGAGGAACGGGUCUGCAGAGAGCGCUCCUCAGAAGGAAUCAGGGAACGCGGGGACUCUGAGUUACUUGGACAUAGAUGGGGUCAGGGGAGAGUCCAACCGGUUGAGGUCACGCCACUUCUCAAGCAGCCUGGUGGAGAUCCAGUCGGGGGAUGCCAGUGGAAGCUGCGAGCUGCUCUGUCCGCCAGUUCCUGUUCGCCGAUCUUCCUCCCCGGGGAUCUCCCAGGCCCCAAGUGCCACGCAGACCGACGGCGCUCCCGAGCCGGGUGGCGGCAGCGGUCCGCUCCUGACCGCCCCCGGUGAGCGGCAGCAGCCUCCGCAGGCUGAGGGAGCCGUCUGGUCCACGGCGGUGGCCCUGGCCUGGCUGGAGCACCGGUCGGCCGCGUACUUCAUUGAGUGGGAGCUGGUGGCCGCCAAGGCCUGCAUGUGGCUGGAGGCCCAGGAGAUACCGGAGGAGCGGGACCUCGCCUCUGUCAAAGCGUCAGCCAGGCAACUCUUUGUCCUGUUACGUCACUGGGAUGAAAACCUACAGCUGAAUAUGUUGUGCUACAACCCAAACAGUGUUUAA